AACGAACACGGCGCUUGGGAAAAGCGUGUUCCCAAGGCACCGUCAAGAACCGAGCCCGCCACGCCCAGCGCCUUUCCCGGCCCCGCUUCUCAAAGCAGAGGAAAUGAGACACGGUCCCAAACAGCCGCGCUGCAGCAGGCGAAAGUGAAAGUGAAACUCCCGCAGCCUCGCUGCACAGAGCCGGCUGAGUUUGCCGGAGCGCUCCUGCUUCGCCGGGCCUUUUCUGCCGCCUCCGCUUCUUUGCUGGGGUCUUUCCCCCACCAGCUUGUGUCUACACUCCGCCCGGAUCGUCGCCCCAGAGAAUCAGGAUGUCAGAGCCGGUGUUGCUGGUGGAGCUGUCGCCUGAUUGCAGCAUCCUCCGGGUGAAUCCAGGAGGCUUGUCCCUCCUCAGGACCCUCGAUGGCCCCCUCCAUGUCGUGGCUAUCUUUGGGCCCAAGGGGACUGGGAAAUCCUUUCUCAUGGACCAGCUAGCAGGGCAGGAGAAAGCCUUCUGUCCUGUUCCCGGAAUAUGGCUGCAGUGCUUACAGCACCCUACGAAGCCUGGUGAAACCCUGGUGUUGCUGGAUACACAAGGCCUUCCGGAGCAAGUGGAGAAGGACGAGAAGGCUGUGUUCUUCAAACUCUUCCUCUUGGAUGUUCUGCUUAGCAACGUCUUCAUAUAUAACACCAGUGGAGAUGGAGACCUCCAGAAGGAGCUUGACAGACUGAUAUAUGUGACAGAACUGCCUAGUAAGGUGCAUGUCCUGGAGGAUUGUCCUUUGGAGAACAGUUUCCUGCUUAGUAGCAUACUGCCUGAGUUUGCAUGGUGCCUUCGCAAUGUGACCUCGGAUUUCUGCUGGGAAGAGAUGCUACAAGCCACGGACAACAACAUGGACACUCUCCUCUCCUCCCCUGCAGCUUUGGAGGACACACCAGCCAACUUCAUACUGAGGUUAUUUCCCGCUCGGAAGGCCUUUUGCUUCCAUUCCCCACAUGUGGAUGGGGAGGAUGAGGAUAUCUUCUCCUCAGACCUGCUGCAUCCUGUCUUCCAGAGGCAGCUUGGGUUGUUCAGAGAAUAUAUCUUGAGCAAGGGACCAAAGACGUUCCUGGGAAACACGUUAGUCAACGGGGAAGUUUUGUCUGGUUUGCUGGAGCGGAUUGUGGAUGUGUUGUCUCGGGAUGAACCAAUCCUCAUGAGCGACAUCUGUGGUGACGCAGAGGUAGCAUUCAUAUGGCAGGAAGGCUAUGAGAAUUUUCCGGAGCCUGUGAUAGAUCCUCUUCAGGGAGCCCCAGCGCAAAAAGAGACUCCCAGAAUCUCCCAGCCUUCUGCACAAGAAACUAAGGUUCCUCAGCAUUCGUCGUCUCCUUCCUGUGCUGUCCCUAGUAGGGCUCAGUCAAGCAUCAUGGAAGGGCCAAUGUGCCUGAUCGAGAACAAGCCUGGCGAGAACCUACAGGUCAGCCAGAAAGCCCUGAGUAUCCUGCAGAACAUCCAGGAGCCCGUGGUGGUGGUGGCCAUCGUGGGGCUGUACCGCACCGGCAAGUCCUACCUCAUGAACAGGCUGGCAGGAAAGAGCAGAGGUUUCUCUCUGGGCCCUACAGUGGAAGCGAACACCAAAGGCAUUUGGAUGUGGUGCCUUCCUCACCCCAAAAAGCAAGGCCACACCCUGGUGCUGUUGGACACAGAAGGCCUAGGUGAUGUUCGGAAGAGCAAUGUUAAAAACGACUCGUGGAUAUUUGCCUUGUCGGUUCUGCUUAGCAGUACCUUUGUCUACAACAGCAUGGGCAUCAUUGACAACUAUGCAUUGGAGAAACUACACUAUGUGACUGAACUGACUGAGCAUAUCAAGGUGAAGGCCUCAGCUGGACAGAGUUGUGACAAAAACGAUGGGAUGCCUGACGACUUUAUCUGGUUCUUUCCAACUUUCAUUUGGGCUGUGCGUGAUUUCACACUGCAGCUGAAGUUGAAUGGACGCCCCAUCUCCGAGGACGAAUAUCUGGAGUUUGCCUUGGAGAGAACCAAAGACGCCCCUGAGAAGCAGGACCUUGCCAAGAAAUGCUUACGGCAGUACUUCCCCAACCGCAAGUGCUUUGUCUUUGACCGCCCGGCCUCACGCCAAAAGUUGGAGUACCUGGAUGAUCUACCUGAGGAGAACCUGAACCCUGACUUCCUAGAGGAGGCAUGCCGUUUCUGCCGCUAUAUUCAUGAGAACGCUCAAGCCAAAGUGAUCCAGAAUGGACAUGUGAUGACGGGGACGUUGUUGGGGUGCCUGGCUGUGACCUAUGUGGAUGCCAUCCAGAGUGGGGACAUCCCUUGCAUAGAGAACGCUGUGCUGGCCUUGGCCCAGAUCGAGAAUUCUGCGGCCAUGCAGGAUGCUCUUCGGCGCUAUGACGAGAUGGUUCUGCUUCUGUCAACUCUGCCCACAGAGAGUGUUGAGGAACUGCUGCGACUGCAUGCGCUAUGCGAAGAGGAAGCCAUUAAAGUGUUCUUGGCCCGCACCUUCAAGGAUGAGGGUCAAGAGUACCAAAGACAAUUGGGGCACCAGCUGCAUUCAAAGUUUGAGGAACUCUGCCGUCAGAAUGAGCAGGCGUCCCAGGAUCGCUGCCAGGCUGUGCUCAUGGAGCUGUUUGAGGAUCUGGAGGAGACGAUCAGCCGUGGGAGCUACUCUGUGCCUGGUGGCUACCAGAGAUUCCUAGAUGACCGGGAGGAAAAGCUGAAGCAGUAUCAUCUGGCGCCUGAGAAAGGACUCAUGGCUUCCAGGGCCCUGCAGGAGUUCCUGAACUCCAAGGAGACAGUAGCACAGUCCAUCCUGCAGGCUGAUCGGACCCUCACUGACAAAGAAAAGGAGAUUGAAGUGAAAAAGGUCCAGGCUGAAGCCUCUGAACGGGAAGCUCAGCUGCAAAGACAAAUGCGAGAACAGGCCAAGCAGAUGGCUCAAGAGGCGGAAAGGAGCUACAAGGAGCAUGAGAAACAGCUGUGGGCCAAGAUGGAGGAGGACCGGAAGAAGAUGCUGGCUGAGCAUGAGAAAGUGUUGACCCAGAAGCUCCAGGAGCAGGCGCGGCUCCAAAGAGAAGGGUUCCAGCAAGAAGUUGCAGUGCUUCAGAAUGAGAUCCAGAACCUACGGCAUCAGAUGAAUCAAUCGAAAAGACGCUCUUGGUGUGUUAUUGCUUGAAGAUGGCUUGUGGGAAGGCCCUGAUGGUUUCGGUGAAAGGAGAAUGACUUAUAUUAGAAUUAAUGCAAUGCAUAUUUUGCAGGUGCUUGCAGUGUGUCCGUUAUAUUCUUACAUGAGAAACAUAAUCUACUGCAUUUGGAACAGGAAUGUACUUAAAAUUAAAAAUCAGCAGGGAGGGGUGCAGUGUAAGUAUAUAGCAUCCACUUGAAACAAUGGAAGGAGAGCUGGUCUUGUGGCAGCAAGCAUGAAUUGUCCCCUUUGCUAAGCAGGGUGUGCCCUGGAUUGCACUUGAAUGGGAGACUACCUGUGAGCACGGUAAGAUGGGAAGAGCAUCUGUACGCGUGCAUGCAGAAGGUUCCAGGUUCCCUUCCUGGCAUCUCCCGAUAGGGCUGGGAGAUCCGUGUAGACAAUACUGAGCUAGAUAGACCGAUGGCCUGACUCAGUAUAUGGCAGCUUCCUUUGUUCCUAAUAGGCCUAUUGAGACAUCAUGUUGUAUAUGCACAGAGGUGUUUGUAUACAUGUAUGUUUUUGUGUGAAGACUGUACAUGUAUUUAUUUUUAAAAUGAAGCUGGAUACAGGUCCCUCAAAUGCAUAGGAUGGAUGGAAAGUAUACUACUGUACGUAUGUUGAACAGAAUGUGUGAAGAACUGUAGAUGCUUACAGAUUUGUACAUGUAUGCAGUGUAUGCAGAUUGUAUGUCUAUUUAAACAUAAUCUGUGAAUAGGACUGAUGUGAAUGUAAGAGAGAGUUUUGCUGGGGGUAGCUUAUUAGAUUUGGGGAAACCCAGCUUGGAAUCUCAGCUCAGCUGUCAAACUCACUGGCCUUUUGUUGGUGGGGGAGAAAAAUAAAGAAAAAUAAAUCUGGGAAUCCCUGUUAGAGGGAUAAACACA